AUGAGCGAAGUGGACGAAAUUUUUGCGGCGCUUGGCCAAGGGGGUGCCAAGGGGAGCGAGUCCAAGAGCAAGGACGACACAAAGAGCAAGGACGAUGCAAAGCGCAAGGGAGAUACGAAGCGCAAAGGCGAUGCAAAGAGCAAGGACGACGCCAAGCGCAAGGACGACGCCAAACGCAAGGACGACGGGAAACGCAAGAGCGAGGACGACUCAGGCAAAAAGAGCAAGAAAGCCAAGAGCGAUGCUAGCACAACCACCGCCACAAGCACAUCCACGGAAAAAGAUGCCAGCGCCAAGGGCACACACGCCGAGCCCAAACCCACCAAGCCCAAGACACGUGUACCGACCGUCGUGCACGACACAUCGAGUGCCGCACGCAAACCGGCGCAGCCCGCGCCCAAGCAGCUCGACAACGACGACGCGGCGUUUGCCGACUCGCGGGGCAAGGACCGCGCCCGCACCGAGGAGGGAUUCAGGAUCUUUACCGAGGACGAGCUCAAGCUGAACCAGGGCGGAGACACGCCGCUGUGUCCUUUCGACUGCGACUGCUGCUUCUAG